ACUUCCUUCCCGCACUGGGCCGGUCGCUCCUCCCAUAUCCAAAACAAAAGAGAGAGGGGCCGCGUCGCUUUGGGCUCGUUCCUUCGCGAUGGCGGCGGUGGCGGACGCGGCCACGGCCAUGACCAUCGACUUCCUCCGCGCGCGCCUCCUCUCCGAGCGCUCCGUCUCCCGCGCAGCCAAGGACCGCGCCGACCAGCUCGCCAACCGGGUCGCGGAGCUGGAGGAGCAGCUCCGGUCGGUGACGGCCCAGCGGCGGGAGGCGGAGCGGGCCGCCGCGGAGGUGCUCGCCAUCCUCGACUCCCAGGGCUUUUCCGACGCCGCAGAUUCCGGCUCGGACGACGACGCCUGCGGCCCACCCGAGGCCCCCGACCACGGGACCGGCGGCCAGGCGCGCGGUGAGGCGGAGGACGCGCUGUCGGGCUCGGAGCUGGGAGGCCCGCCCCAGCCCGGGGGCCUCUCCUGGAAGGGCCGCGCCGCGAGCCCCGGCGCGGACAGGCGGCAUCCGCAUCUCAAAGCCAGGCAGCGGCAUGGCCAUGGCCACAGGAGGAGCUACUUUUACUUGCUCGCCGCGGAUUCCUCGCCCAAGUACCAGCCGGGCCAGUCCUGCCGGAAGAUCAGGAGAAAGGAGCCGAGAUUGCACACUGAAGGUGGGGAUGCCAAGGACAAUGCUGCCGAGGGUCUCGAGGAGGACCAGGCAAAAUCUGACUCUACUGUUUGCACGGAUGAGAAGCUUGAUUUGGACGGUGAGGUUGAUCACGGCGGGCGAGGUUCUUGUGGUGAUGGAAGGGUUGAGGAUGACGGUGGGAGGUACGCAAUGGAGGAUGUGAAGGAUGGGGAGAUGGAGAGAGUCCUCGAGAAUCAUGCUGCGCUGAUUGGGCAGUAUGAGGCACAAGAAAAUGCUCAGAGGGAGUGGGAGAAGAAAUUUAAUGGGAGCCGGGAUUCAACUUCGGAUGAUGUCGACCGAGACAGUAAGUUAAAUCAGAAUGAAAAGGCUUGUGAACAGAGGGGCAGAGCUGCUCAGAUUAUGGAUAGAGAAGUAGUUGGUGAAGAGACACCGUCAAGGGAUAAAGAUCUCUCUGGAACCAACAGUCCUUCCGAAUGUUUGUUGAAUGUAUCUGCCUUUGGCUUGUCCACAAAUGCUCCAAACGUAAGUGUUAUUGGGAAGUGCAAAGGAUCUGAUAAUGAUUUCGAGCGGGUUACUGCAGCAGUUGCUACACUUGAUGAAUUGCAUUCCAGGAAGGAUGAGUUAGUACAUAAAAUUUAUACUGAAAUUAUUGAAGGGGGUGGGAGUAAUCGUGGAAGAUCAGCUUCUUCACCACAAAAAAGCCAUAGUAGCAGCCCAACUGCAGGACACAAUGAAGGUCAAGGAGAUGGCAAUUCAGACAAUGGUUCAAGCUACCAUGUGAAUGCUUGCUCUUAUGAGCACUACGGAACCACACCAUCACCUGGAAGUCCUUUGAGUGAUACCCCUAAAAGCAAAGUGUCUGAAUGGAGCUCGUCAUGCUUCCAUAACCAUAUUGAUAACCAGAUUGACAUGCAGCCAUCCUCAAGUGAUGAUGUGGGAGGUGUUCUAGAGGCCCUUCAACGGGCCAAGAUGUCCCUCAGGGAAAAGCUGAGCAGGGCAAGUCCACCCAGGCAAGACAUGUUGGCACUACCAGCACCCGAGGAUCACUACACAGAUGAUGAUUCACAGGCCAAUGAUACAGAAUUUUCACUUUGCAUGUCACAACGACUUAGCCAUGAAAUAUUGGCACUGCCAGUAUCAGGAGAAUACCUAAGCAGGAUCAGUUGGCCAGGCGAUGAUGCAAAAAUACCAGUUGGCCCUGCUGGCUUGUUCCGGUUGCCAACAGACUCGUUUCCCCAAAACGAGGUGUGCUCCGCUGAUGGCUAUGGCUCAAGGUUCAGUUUGGCAUCAAGUCGGCAGACCGUCUUUUCAGGAAACCCUGCUAGUAAUAGCAUGUUAACUUCAUCUCGUCCGCAGUAUGGUUCUGGUUUCUCACCGGAUCCGUAUUACGAUCUUCAUAGUUCAAUGUUACUGUCAAUGCCUACAACAAGGAAUGCUUCUUUCAUCCCAGAAAUUCUAAGAUCUAGUGAUGAUUCGAGAAGGGGAAUGUCUUCUGGUGAUGCAGGCAUGCUGUCCCAGUAUGGUAAUGCUUAUGAUUAGUAGCUGGAGUGUAGUAGUAAUGUAUGGUUAGAAUCCCAAAAUAGCUUUUGAGGUAGAUGCUAUCUGUUGCGUCAGUUCUUCGUGUGUCAUGUUGUAUUACUAUCCAAGAAUAAAUUUUGUUUGUAAGCAGUGUAGGCUUCUGUCUUAUGCCCUCACGAGGCAAUACAAAUUGGUACUGAUAA